AUGUCCGACUCAUUCAUCUACGCGAAUCCACAGGCUAGAACAUGGACGCACACGUACGAUACAGAUGUAACUCUGGCUCAGACCUUCCAUAAACGCCUCCCUGGGUAUAAAGAGACCCCGCUCGUGCCUCUAGGUGACCUCGCAAAGGAGCUAGAGGUCAAAGCAAUCUUCGUCAAGGACGAAAGCAGCCGGCUUGGAUUGCCGUCCUUCAAGAUCCUGGGUGCUUCAUGGGGCACUUUUCGUGCGAUUGCAGAGAAGCAUGGUCUUGCUCUUGACUCGAGCCUUGAAGACAUCUCGGAUGCAGCAAGGAAAUCGGAAACAAUACUGUUCGCGGCCACCGAAGGAAAUCACGGCCGGGCUGUUGCACGAAUGGGCAAGAUACUGGAUAUUCCAGUUCGGAUCUUCAUGUCCAAGUUUGCCGACCGUGAGACCUGUCAGAAGAUCGAAAGUGAAGGUGCUGAAGUCACGGUUGUCUUGGGAAACUACGAUGAUGCCGUUUCAAAAGCCUUCCAGGAAUCACAGAAGGCGCCUAAUGGCCUUCUUAUCCAAGACAAUGCGUUCGAGGGAUACGAACAAAUCCCGGCCUGGAUCGUUGAAGGCUACUCAACACUUCUGUUCGAAAUUGAACAGCAACUCAGAGCACAAAGGUUGAAGGCGACCCUCAUUGUCACUCCUAUUGGCGUUGGCUCUCUGGGCCACUCCGUUGCCGCCUUCUGCAAGUCUGGCGGCAAACAAAUUGGCGUUGUGACAGUGGAGCCCGAGACCGCUGCAUGUCUGCAUGAAAACCUCAGGUCCAACGCAUGGAGUACAAUCGAGACAUCGGCAACGAUCAUGAAUGGUAUGAACUGUGGGACUGUCUCACCUAUCUCCUGGCCGGUCCUUUCUAAAGCGGUCGACAUCAGCAUCACAGUCACAGAUUUAGAAUGCCAUGAGUCCGUACAGUAUCUGCAAGCCCACGGUAUUAAUGCUGGGCCUUGUGGAGCUGCUACACUUGCUGCAAUCAGGAAAGCCAGUUCCACGGAUUCUUUCCCCCCAGGCAUGUCGAUAGAUGCUGUCAUUGUGUUGUUGAGCACCGAGGGCGCGAGAGCCUACCCCCCUCCUAGUUUGACUUCUUAG